GAUCUGACUACAGUUUCGUAGAAGCGGAUUGAGUUUAUAAAGGAAAUGUGAAAGGGUUACAGAAGAAUUAUUUAUUCUACUCAAUAUUAUGGCUUGCUUAUGGAUUAUUAAAUAAAUAAUAAAUGUUAAAAUACCGAACAAUUUUUUUUUUCAAACCAUCUAGUGUUCCGUUUUGGAAAAUAUGUGAGAAAUCUGUUACAGUAGUUUUUUAAGUCAUCAAAAAUGGAGCGAGAUACAGUAAUUGCUACUAUUUUGGAUGACAUCGUUCGAACAGUGUUAUUGUCAUGUGAUUUGAAUUUAGAAAAUGGUAAAUUAAAUUCAAACGAAGUUCAAAAAUCUGAGUGCAAUUUUCAUGUUAGUCAAUCUGUAGAUAAGGAAGAAGAAAUUAAAAAUUAUGAUGAUGAUGAGGAUAAUAACGAUCUUGAUGAUAUUGAUGAUGUUUAUGAUAAGAAUAAUGAUGCUGAUGAUGAUUACGAUAAGAAUGAUGAUGCUGAUGAUGAUGACAAUGAUGCUGAUAAUCAUGUUACUAAUGAUGUUGUUAAUGAUGCUGAUAAUAAUGUUCAUAGUGAUGUUGACAACAAUGUGGACAACAAUGUUAACAACAAUGUUAACAACAAUGUUAACAACAAUGUGGACAACAAUGUUGACAACAAUGUGGACAACAAUGUUGACAACAAUGUUGAUGCUAAUGUUAAAGAAAAAACAUUUCUACUCACCAGUAAUAGUAAUUCAAAAAUUGCCCAAAUCAUUAAAUCAACUACAAUUAACGGAACCGAAUUUGUCUUGGAUAAUGAAGAUUUAGAAUCAACUAAGUAUCCAGACAGUAAUUCAUCAUUGGAUGCUAGAGACUUUAAGAAUGAAGCUACUUCCAAUUUUCCAAUAAGCACAUCAUCUAUUCAAAAUUCAACAAAAGAAAUCAGUAACAAUACAGAAAUUUAUGUAAGUAAUUCACGAGAUGAAAGAAUUCCUAAUCCAUUGGCGAUUAGUGAAUGCAAUAGCAACGUUAAUAGUCCAAACAAUGAAUUAACAAAUAAUAAUAAUAAUAAUAAUAGUAGAAAAUUGGUAGUAAAAGACAAUUUUGGAGAUUCAGUUUCAUCAACAGUACAACGAACAUUUUCCAUAAAGGAACUAAAGAGAAGUCCGCGUAUUUAUGGAAGAAAAGUGAGACAAGUAGAGGAUCUGGCAAUUCCUUCUACGUCAACUGGUUUUGUGCCAUCGGUGAUAGUUUUAAGUAACGAUUAUUCAAAUGCAAGUUCAUCAUCGGCAUAUUCGACAAAUGAAAUGCAUAGGCGAACGAUAGAUAAUAAUUUUGCAUUUCUAUCAGACUCGGAUUUAAGUGAUGACGAUGAGAGAUGUGAAGAAAUUUUUGGCUGUGAAAAUAGAGCCUUUGAAUCAUUUGAAGCUAUUGAUAUUGCACACGAUGAAACGGAAAUAAUACCCGUUGAAGAAUAUGAAACAUUAAAAAAUAAUGAUUACAUUUGGAGUUCAAUGGGUCUUUUGAAAUUUGCACAAGUGAUAUGCUGCAUUACAAUGUACGUUUCAAUUGGCCUUUGUCGUUUUCACAACAGAUACAUUCAAAUUUAUUGUAUUUUUGGAGCGUUCUUUUCAAUAUUUUUAUUAAUUGUCUAUACAUAUCGGAUACAAAUCGAUCAUUGGAAGAGUUACACAAUUCGUUUACUUCUUUCGGAAUACGUAUACCUUUUUAUAUACACAACUUGUGAUACUGCAUUUGCUAUUAUUAAAUUCGAAUUUAAUGAAGAAAGUAACUAUGGAGAACGAAUGGCUGUUAUGAUAUUGAUGAUUUCAACUGGAGUUGCAGCAUCAACAUAUUGUUACGAUGCAAUCUUAUGCUAUUCAUUAAUAGAAGAGGCAUCGAGAAAUAAUCCCGAUGAGAAAAAAUUAUUACUCUCCUAUUUGCCAACGUGCUCGAAAACCUCACGAGCUGAGAUUUGUGAUAUAUUUCAUACUUGUAUUUUAUAA